CCAGACACGGAGAGUUUGCUUCUCCACCGUUGGCUCCGCCGUCCUCGCGCUCCUAGCAUAUACGCAACGCAACGAGCCAUCCUUCGACUGGAGUCUUUGUGCCUGUCAUGCCGGUCCUUGCAUCGCCAGCGCUCACUUUUCGAGAUGCCGACAAGCCUGGCGAUGCGAGCUCGAGCUCGAGCGGUCAACGAGGAGGCAUCUUCGCCGUAGAAGGCGUGCCACUGCGCAUACACAUUCCGCGCAACAUGGAAGCGGCACAGAGGUCGCGCUUGGCAAGCCUGGUGAAGCGUAAUGGUGGCAGGGUAGAGCAAGGAUUGGACGGGUGUCGAGUGGCCAUCUUUGACUUGGAACAGCCCGUCAAGGCUCGACAGACGCUCCACGCCGCCCAGGCUUACACCCCGCCCAUUCAAGUCGUCGCGCCAGCUUGGAUCGAGGAGUGCGUCGAGGCGAAAAAAUUGCUGGAUGUGGCUGAUGGAGCGUACAACCCCAUCGCCAUCAUGGAACGCAAGCGGAUUCGACUGGAAAAGAUCGAGGCGAAAAGGGAGGCUGAGAUGGCCUUGGAGCAGAGGAACGGCAGCAUCGCACACAAUGAACGGUCGAGCUCACAUGCGGUCAACAUCGGCACUGGCCAGUCUGUGCACAAGAAGAGGCCUAUCGUUGGCCUCCUUCUAGCGCUGCCGAUGAAGAAGACGAGAUUGUGCAGUCGACUCAACCGACGCAGCCAUCUCCAGCGCGAACAAGAGCCGCGCAAGCGUCAGAAACGGCAAAUGAGCGACUUGCGCUGGUCGAGCAAGCUAAUGCGCAACAGUCUCCACUGCAAGCGCAACCUCAUGCCGCUGAACAAUCGGGAUCGAGUCGCGCCGAACUUGCUGCCGCCGCCGCCCCUGCCAGAUUCACCGAAUCGGAGAAAAAAUACUUGGUGGAACGGCUAGCAGCUCUUUUCGUUGGUGAAUUGCAGGGCAGCGGCGGUCUGGAUCUCGACGAAGCAGAGCGAGCAGAAUUGCCUUCCCUCAAACCUCCUGCAAGGCUCUGGACGGAGCUUCAUGAACAGUUUCCAGCGCAUUCGGUCC